AUGACACUCAUCAGUCAUGGUUCGACGGCAAGAUUGGAACGUGGCAUUUUACCGAAGUCGUGCCUGCCAAGCGUACAAACCGUAACCGUCCAGCUGGACACCCUGUCCUUCAACCUGUCAAUGUGA